AUGCAGUCUCUGGCAGAGCGUUCCAUAGACUUACCACUCUCUCGUACACUCCCACUGCCCAGACUGGACACACCCCACGCCCAGACCGUACACUCCCCACCGCCCAGACCAGACACCCCCACCACCCAGACCGGACACCCCCACCGCCCGGACUGUAACCCAGACCGGACACUACCAUCGCCCAGACCGGACAGGUCCCACCGCCCGGACCGGACCGGACCCUCCCCACCGCCCGGACCGGACCGGACCCUCCCCACCGCCCGGACCGGACCGGACCCUCCCCACUGCCCGGACCGGACCCUCCCCACCGCCCGCACCGGACCGGACCCUCCCCCCCGCCCGGACCGGACCGGACCCUCCCCACCGCCCGGACCCGACCGGACACCCCCACCGCCCGGACCGGACACCCCCACCGCCCGGACCGUAUACCCAGAUUGGACACCCCCACCACCCAGACCCGACACUCCCACCGCACGGACCGGACACCCCCACCGCCUGGAAUGUACACCCAGACCGGACACCCCCACCGCCCAGACCGGACACCCCCACCGCCCGGACCGUACACCCAGACCAGACACUACCAUCGCCCAGACCGGACACACCCCAGCACCCAGACUGGCCACCCCCACCGCCCGGACCGGACACUCCCCACCGCCCGGACCGGACACUCCCCACCGCCCGGACCGGACACCCCCACCGCCCGGACCGUAUACCCAGAUUGGACACCCCCACCACCCAGACCCGACACUCCCACCGCACGGACCGGACACCCCCACCGCCUGGACCGUACACCCAGACCGGACACCCCCACCACCCGGACCGUACACCCAGACCAGACACUACCAUCGCCCAGACCGGACACACCCCAGCACCCAGACCGGCCACCCCCACCGCCCGGACCGGACACCCCCACCGCCCAGACCGUACACCCAGACUGGACACUCCCACCGCCCGGUCCGGACACUCCCACUGCCCGGACCGGACACCCCCACAGUCCGGACCGUAUACCCAGAUUGGACACCCCCACCACCCAGACCCGACACUCCCACCGCCCGGACCAGACACCUCCACCGCCUGGACCGUACACCCAGAGCGGACACUACCGUCGCCCAGACCGGACACACUCCAGCACCCAGACCGGACACCCCCACCGCCCGGACCGGACACCACCACUGCCCGGACCGCACACCCAGACCAGACGCUCCCACCGCACGGACCGGACACUCCCACCACCAGGACCGUACACCCAGACCGGACGCCCCCACCACCCAGACCGGACUCCCCCACCGCCCGGACCGGACACCCAGACCGGACACCCCCACUGCCCAGACCGGACACCCCCACCGCCCGGACCGUACACCCAGACCGGACGCUCCCACCGCCCAGACCGGACACCCCCACCAUCCAGACUGGACACCCCCACCACCCAGACCGGACUCCCCCACCGCCCGGACCGGACACCCAGACCGGACACCCCCACUACCCGGACCGGACACCCCCACCGCCCGGACUGUACACCCAGACCGGACACACCAGCACCCAGACCGGGCACCCCCACCGCCCGGACCGUACACCUAG